CACUUCAAAAACAUGCUUACUGAGAAAUGAAAUCGCUUCACCUAUGGACAAUGAGUCACUUAUUUCCACCAGUCGCGGUGUUUCCUCACAGCUGAUCAGCUGAUUUCUAACGCAGUGGUGGUCACGUGCCAACUGCACGCCAGCAGUCAGUCUUUGUUGCUAGUGUGGUACAUGCGAUCCCAACCCGGCUCACUGCUGUCGGUGAGACUACAACAGCCUCGGUUAUUACACUGGAUACCAUUUUACCGGACGGAUAUCGUGAGGCGACCUCUGAAACACGUGCGAAACGGGAUCUUGCUGCACGUGUCGUGUAAAUAACGAACCCAUGAAUCAGCGACAUGAAGACAGCGCAGGCUAAAUCGCCACCCGUCUGAGCGCACCCACAGAGGUUGAUAUCCCACAGAGCUGAUAUCAUUUGUAUGACAUUGAUAUCUGUGCUCUCAUCGCUCUCACCAACACCCGUUGUCACCUGAACAAUCUUUCAUCAUUGCAGUCUUUGUCUAUACCCCCCGCGAGGUUCACAGCUGUGUACAUUUAGAAGGUUGACGGACAAGCAAAACCGAUGCUAAUUCGAUCGGAUCGUAGGGGGCAUCUAAUCCAAGAUUAUCCGACCGGUUCCUGACGCAUUAAGGGUCUAUUUAGCUUGUUCCCUGCAGAGCGUUCGUGCCAGGCUGCUAUUCGUCCAGUCGACGCACAUGACGUGAUCCAGUGGUCACUCGUGGGAAGCACGUGCGGUAACGGUACUCACCAGGAGGGUUCAUGGGUAAAGGUCGACACCAGGAAAAUACGGGGGAAAUCCAGGGGAACGCCAAGAUGGAUACGGAAGCUGCAGCGUCCCUCCCCGUCCCUCCCGACGGAGGCUGGGGGUGGAUGGUGGUGCUCUCAUCGUUCUUGAUUCACGUCAUCGCUGAUGGGAUUGUGUAUUCGUUCGGGGUGUUUUUUGUGGAAUUCCUGGAUUAUUUCAAAGGAGGGAAGGGGGAGACGGCCUGGGUUGGAUCCCUCGUCCCCGCUGUCACUUACACCGUGGGUCCUAUUGCUAGUGCUCUGACGAACCGAUACGGAUGCCGUGCUGUCACCAUCGCAGGCGCCAUCAUUGCGACUAUCGGCUUCAUCUUGUCUCUGUUCGCUCCCAACAUCUACUACCUCUACUUCACCUUCGGCAUCAUGUCAGGAGUUGGCUUUGGACUCAUCUAUCUGCCAGCUAUUGUCUCCGUGGCGAACUACUUUGAGAAGAAGAGAGCUUUUGCAACCGGUUUGGCGGUUUGUGGAUCCGGAUUCGGAACGUUUAUUCUUGCACCUUUUACAAAAUGGCUGAUCGACGAAUUCGGCUGGAAAGGAACGAUUCUCAUUCAAGCCGGACUGAUUUUAAAUGUCAUUGUUUGUGGAGCCUUGUUUAGGCCUCUUGAAAAUAAAGACAACAAAAAGACAGAUGAACUGCUGGAAAAACUAGAAAAAGAGGCGAAAGACAUUUUAGAAAAUGAAGAGAGACAAAGUCGGAAGUACGAAAGUAAAACAGAAGUUAAUGGCAAAGAUGAAAGCGAGGCUCUCAUAACACCCAUGGCAAAUCCAAAUGUCGAAAGGUUGAACCUUCCUGGACGAGAUAUGGAAAUGAACCGUAUAUUCAACAGCAACAGGGAGCUGGCCCACACCAAAGGAAUCUCCAUUGAAGCUCCGAAAAUCGCCGAUUUGGCUCGCAGCGACGGCGCGUUGCACAGAGUUCAAAACGGAAGAGCGAAAUCUGCUUCCCCUGUCGGUUCUCCCGAUUACCUUGACCCCCAUAGAUACCACCGACAGACGUCUGCAGGCGCAACUUCCGGUUUGCUAUACCGGAAGGACAUAUUUUACAGCGCAAGCUUGCAGAACAUCCCCAUGUAUCGCUCCCAUCAUGACAUCUACAUCGCCAGCAUCACCUCCAUUCCCGAAGCGGUGGACGACGACGGCAAAUGUUGCGGUGUCUUUAAGCCGUCUCCUGAGUUCCGCGACGCCAUGAAAGAAAUGCUGUCAUUUUCCCUCCUGAAAAAUCUUGUGUUUCUCCUGUUCGCCAUCUCAAAUUUCUUCACCAGUAUUGGAUUCAACAUGCCGUUCAUCUACCUCCCAGAUCGUGCCAUAGAGGCUGGAGUUGAGACACACAACGCUGCUUUCCUCCUGUCUGUUAUCGGCAUCGCCAACACUGUCGGCAGGGUCAUCUUCGGCUGGCUGUCGGACCGGAAAGGCGUUAACCGUCUUGUGCUCUACAACACCGCGCUGACUAUUUGCGGCGUCGCUACUGCGUUGAGUCCGUUCUGUGGAGGGAGCUACCCGCUGCUGAUUGUCUAUGCUGCUUGCUUCGGCGUCUUCAUUGGCGUUUACGUUUCCUUGACCUCUGUCGUCCUUGUUGACCUUUUGGGAUUGGACCACUUGACCAACUCCUUCGGUCUCCUGCUGUUGUUUCAAGGGGCGGCUACGUUCAUCGGACCUCCUAUGGCAGGUUGGAUGUACGACUGGACCGGAAGUUACGACAUAUCAUUUCAUGUGAACGGCGCCAUGAUCGCUAUCAGUGGGCUCAUGCUGUUCUUCAUCCCGUGUGUGCAACGCUAUCAGUAUAUGCGGGACGGCUUGAGCGCGAGGGACAUCGAAUUCGGUCGCCACGUUAAGUCGGAGACCGAGAUUGGGGAGAUUUUAGACAAACCAACAACGACAUGAAGUAAUCUUAUGUGAGCACAUCGUGUCUUCCAUCACAGUGGCCUUGAUCUGAUGUCCUGCCUUUUAGCAUUGUAAUGCUGUCAGCGAAUGGAAUAUUUCUCUGGACCAUUAUGCCUUCACAGAUGAUACGUUGUGCUGCCCUUGUGAUAUGUGUGAAAUAUGUGUGAAAUAUGUGCACAGAGCACCUCAUGCCUUCACCUUAUUGUCACGUGACCCUUAUGUAUAUUCAAUUAGUACAUCACGUCAAUCGACGCCAUAUUUGUAUUUGUUACCCGUGACGUAGAGAACGGCUGCCACAUAUCAGACGAAACUUCACGACAUAGUUGUCAUGAAAAUAUAGUGCUUUAAGUCGUAUCGACUUAUGCGUGCAGUGUUAGGUACGAAUAAAAUGAUUGAAUUCCCGUAAAGUGAAUCAAAGGAUAACUGGAAAACUCGCACUGGUUCAAAUGAAGCGGAAACUGGACCAAUCUUUCUGCAAUAUUCAAGCCAAUGGCCUAAAGGAAGAUGGAGUUUAUAUUCCUGUAUAAGUGGGUUUUGUGAACUUGCGUUAACCCUAAAGUUAUCUCCUGUUGGGAAGAGUUACUUCCCUUGACGUCCUCCACAAGUUCAUAACGAGAUACACGUGUGGACCCAUAAGAUGCGCAAGCUACGCAAAUAUAUGUUUUGGAUACUUUUAUAUAUAUAUAUAUAUAUAUGAGCAUGUAUAUUUGUAUGUUGUGUUUGUAUGUUGUGACAAUGUGAUUGUUAGAAUGAAUGACAAUAGUAUUGGAGAUGUGUUUGUGUGUAAGAAGAAGAUCGAAUCUGGUUUUCUUUUACGCUUUUGUUAUUAAUAAAUAAAUACCUCUACUUUCACAUAGCAAGUUCAUGUUAGUAUUCUCACGGAUAUUCGUUGUGGGCAAGGCAAAUGCUGCAGUCAUGGUUACUUGUUGAAUUAUGAAGUAAUUGUUUUAUCGUGUUGACGUGUUUGUGACACGAUGACCAGGAUGAAAACUGUCUGCCGGUACGAUCUAUUGUAAACUGUAACUGCGGUUACUAUCGCCACGGAGACGGGUACAAUAAUUGCUCUGAAACUCGUGUCAUUCGGGUACAAACGGAAAAACGGUGUUACGGUAAAAGAGCUAGAUAUUGGGUAGGGAGUAACGGGACUUUUUUGUGUUAAUUCAUUGCCUAUUACAAACGUAGAUCGAAGAUAUUGAUCACUUUUGGUAAAACUCACUACUAUGCGGCUGGCAGACAAUCAUCAGGAAGAUUAUGAGAUCCGAACCCGCGAUCAGCGGAUUCAGGAACAAGUAAGGAUGCGAAAUGAAGGGCCUUAUACAUCUGUAUUGAUUGGACAAUUAUGCUACACAAUAUUGUUACACUUGUAUGGGCAAGCUCCCAGCACCUCAAAUCGCCGUAAAUACAUGUUUUUUGUCGGAUUCAUAAUAUUCCAUGAAGUCGUUUUUAUCAUAUUUCUUGUCACUUUGUUGUAUUUUUCGUCGUUUUACUUGUCAUUGAUAUCUACAAUGUAGAUUUCUCUCUGUGAGAGCAGUCCUGCUGAACAUAGGUCAUCUUCUUGUAUCAACAGCAAUAUAGGUUCUCGUGUUCUGACGUAUGAUAUUGUCGAAGGUGUUCCGUAUUAGUCUGCUGCCCAAUCAGAAUUGGCGGUUCAACCCUUUAGGACAACCAUUACCUCAUUACAGGUCAUGGUUAACUUGUAACAACGCAUCUGAUUGGCCCUCAGUGAUCAGCAGCACAAUCAAAAGUGGAACCAUCGUUUAAAACGGAACGGCUUCGAGUCCUGAAUUAAUGAAUGAAAAAAACCGUGAGCUUAAGCAUAUUCCAUUUUAUGCGCAAACCAGAAGGGCAUUCCUCACGACUCAAUGCCAUGAAUGUGUAUUAAUGUUUAUGCUUCAUAAAUAUAUGGCAACAUAAUAUUUACAAAAAUACCUGUUAACCGUUUGAUAUGAAUGCGCAGAUUGUGGAAGGAUGUUGAAUGUUUCUGGAAUAAAAGGUAUUGGGUUUGUCUAA